UCCUCUCAAGUAAAUAUUGAGAGACUGUUUCAAGUAGAUUGUUUUUCAUCGCUUAGUUUUCUUUUUACUGUGUAAAAUUCUUUGUAAUGAGCAAGCAUCCGGAGGAGUCAAAGAAUGGACUCUCGGGCUCGGAGUUGCCACGUUCGCCUGAAAGUCUUAUUGAUCUGAAUUUCGUGCAGCCAUUCAUGAGAGCACCGUAUCUUAGUGCCGUGGCGACUGAGCGCAAUGUGCCGACAACCGAAAAUAUUCCCCCUAAUCUCUUGGAGAGAAUUUUUUAUCUACUCUCGGUCAUAUUGAUGGUGAUAACUUUCCCCAUUUCGGUGUUCAUGUGUCUCGUGAUCCUGCAGGAAUACCAGCGAGCGGUUAUUUUGCGCUUAGGUCGCCUCCUCCCUGGCGGACCGCGUGGUCCAGGACUGGUUUUCACAUUCCCGUGCAUUGAUGCGUACAUUAAAGUGGACCUGCGCACCACAUCCUUUGACGUAUCGCCCCAGGAGAUUCUCACCAAAGAUAUGGUGACGAUCAAAGUCGAUGCAGUUGUCUACUACAGCAUCAAGCAGCCCAUUGAUGCAGUUCUGCAGGUCUUCGAUCAUAGAGGAGCCGUUGAAUUGAUGGCCAAGGCCACGCUUCGAAAUGUGGCCGGCACCCACAUGCUUCUGGACCUCCUAAUGUCCAAGGAGACGCUGUCCAAGAGAAUUGAAGCCAUCCUUGAUGAUUGCACCGAACCCUGGGGAGUGCGUGUCGAGCGGGUGGAAGUUAAGGAGAUUAUUCUGCCCGACCAGCUGCGGCGAGCUCUGGCUGUCGAACAGGAGGCGCUGCGGGAGGCAAAGGCCAAGGUAGCGGCUGCUUUUGGAGAGAGAGACGCUGUCAAAGCGCUAAAGGAAGCUGCCGAUAUAAUGGAAACAAAUCCCAUUGCUCUGCAAUUGCGUUAUCUGCAAACGCUCAACACAAUCUGCAAUGACAAAACAUUGUCCUAUGUGUUUCCCUUCCCAGUUGAUAUCGUCAGAAAGUUGAUGAAGUAAUGUCAGUUUCGUUUCGAAUCAAAUGUAUUAAAAAAUUAUCUCUCCCAUUACACUUUAAGACCAAUAUAGCAAAAUGUUUUCCAACAACCACAGCUAACUUAGGCCAGCCAAAUUAUACUUCCAAAGUAUGAUUCUAACGGUUCUCUGUCGCUGCAGUGCGUCCAGAUUAUAUCAGAUUACAAAUCAAAGCUAGUCUUGUAGAAAAUUGAUUCACCUAUUGGAUAAAGUUAUAUGCGCAGUGUUGAGGGUUCAAACUAUC